AUCUAAAUAUGUGGGAGGAGCGCACCGCCCACAAAAAGCCACAGCUAUCUAUCUGUCUCCAGCUGCAAUUCUACAAUGCAAGUACACAGAAUAGUCAUAAAAUUGUAUUUUUGAUAAGGGUCGUUUUUGCAGAAAUAUCGUUGGAAAGGCUUGUUGUACCCAGCGGCUGAAACAGCAGCGACAGAAAGAGAGGAGAGAGAGUGUGAGGGGUGUUGGUCUGAUGGGUAAAUGGAAGUGGGUGGGCCUACCGCGAACACACACUACCAACUUCGACCAAGAUACAUUUCUGCAAACAGUCGGCUUUUCCGUUAAUGGAAUUUACGCGCUUCGGCCUUUAAAGGGUGUUUUCGGUUUGUUUUGAGAGACAUUGGGCGCGGACACUGGACUGUUUCCCGUUAUAACGAGAGGUUUGAUUGUUGCUCGAGCUUGGUACCGCCCUUCCUGGCGGGUGGGUGGUUUCGGUGCUAACGGGAGCGACGCCACAGCACAGCACGAGCCAUUCGCGGAGAAAAUAGGCCGUCCUUCCCCGGUGCUUUAGCCGGCCUUUCUCCCCUAGCCUCUCCUCUCCGGUUUAUGAAUGCGUUAUGAGUGAUCAGAAGAAGGAAGCGUCCGGAUCAGAAGGAGGCAAAACAGACAAGAAAGACAAAAGUUCUGCAUCACAGCAGGAUUCCCAGCCAUCUCCAUUAGCCCUGCUGGCUGCAACCUGCAGUAAGAUAGGAGGUCAGGGAGGUGUGGAGGGACAGGGACAGAUUCAGAUGCAGGCUGGUCAAAUACAGUUGCAGGGUGGCCAGAUCCAGGGCCAAAUUGUGGUCGACGCAGCAGGGAAUCAGACGUUGGUUCAGCAGCAGUUGGAGCUUGUUCCUGCCCAGUUUACUGGCAACGGCUGGCAAAUCAUUACCACUGCUCCUCAGAUAGCCAAGGACACUGCCAAUCAACCUGUAGCCGUGACACUGGCCACUACUUCAGCCAACGACAGUACUCCGGCCGGCCGGAAGGUGAAGGCGGAGGGCGGGACUAACACUGUAGCAGCCAAUCAGCAGCCUCAGCAGCAGCAGUUUCAGAUCAUCCAGGUGCAGAACAUGCCUUCGUCGGGGGGCGGGGUCCAGUACCAGGUAAUCCCCCACUUGCAGACAGCAGACGGCCAACAGAUCCACAUCAGCCCCCAGACUGCAACCCUGGGGGGCCAACAGAUCCACAUCAGUCCGGCCCAGGGGGGUCUACCAGAGCAGGUCCAGCUGAUCCAGAACCAAUCCCAGACCCAGGCCAUCCUACAGCCGGCCAAUCAGCAGGCCAUCCUCACUGGCUCAGCCAAUCAAACGUUGCAGCUUCGUCCUGCCCAGUCCUUCCCGCUGCAGAUGCAGACCUUACAGGGCUCCCAGACCCAGGUCAUGACGACAGUACCCAUAAACAUCGGCGGUAUGACCCUCGCCCUGCCCGUCAUGAAUAAUUUAACGGGGGGUGGAGCUAUGCAGCUUAUUCAAUCAGCCGAUGGCAGCUUUACUGUAGCUAACAGCAACCAGCUGGUAACGACAACGUCAGCGGCGGUAUCCGGGGCAGUUACUGUCACUGGGUCAUCUAGCGGUACCACGACGAGUAUCGCUGGGGGCAAUGGAGCGCCGUUGGACGGAACACAGCUGAGUUCUGUAGCUGGGUCAGAUGGAGCAGCUGAGAGAGACAUACAGAACCAACCCAGUGACCAGGACUCACAGAACACACAGAUAGUCCAAAGCCAGGCCAAUGGCCAAUCAGAUCCGCCAGGAACCAUCCAGCAGGUUAUCGUAGGCCAGAUGGGCAACCAGGUAUUGCAGCAGAUCCAGAUUCAGCCCCAGCAGAUCACACAGGCCCAGAUCCACCAACAAAACCAGAUCCAGGGCCAGCCGCAGCAGAUCCAAACCUUUCAGUUAGGACCCGGCCAGACCCUCCAGCCCAUACAGGCCUUCCAGAACCAACAGGUUCUGAUCCGGACCCCAACCCUGUCCCCGUCGGGCCAGAUCACGUGGCAGACGCUGCAGAUCCCAGGCGGUGUGUCUGUGCCCCAGCAACUGACUCUGGCCCCCGUGGGCGGGGGGGCCAUGGGGGGGACGGGCUUCAUGCACUUGGGGGGGGCUCCCCUGACGCUGAGCGCGGCCCAGAUCAACCCGGGCGCUGGGGUGCAGACCGUCAGCAUCGCCGGGUUGGGCACAGCCGGGGUACAGAUGCAGGGGGUUCCGCUCACCAUUACCGGACUACAGGGUCAGCCCCAAGGCCAGGAGGGCGGGGUGAAGGUCCAGUCGUCGCCGGUGGCGGUUACCGUGGGUAGCGUGGCGGGGUCGUCGCUUAGUCCGGACCAGAUGGGUUCAGUUCAGAGUUCAUCGGACCAGGAAGGACCGCCAAGCAAGAGGCUACGCAGGGUGGCCUGUUCUUGUCCCAACUGUAGGGAUGGAGAGGGCAGGAACAGUGGAGACCCGUCGAAGAAGAAACAGCAUGUGUGUCACAUGGAGGGUUGUGGAAAGGUCUAUGGUAAGACCAGUCACCUCCGAGCUCACCUCCGCUGGCACACAGGUGAGAGACCCUUCGUCUGCAACUGGAUCUUCUGUGGCAAGAGAUUCACGCGGUCUGAUGAACUGCAGAGGCACAGGCGAACACACACAGGUGAGAAGAGGUUUGAGUGCCCUGAGUGCAGUAAACGUUUCAUGCGUAGCGACCAUCUCUCCAAACACAUCAAAACGCACCAGAACAAGAAGGGCGGCGCUUCUCUGGCCAUCAUUACAACCGACGACAUGGAAGAUUCCAACCAGGGCUUAGGCUCCUCCCCUCGCAUCGUAACUGUGGCAACUCUCUCCCAGGACUCCGCCCCAGACACGCCCACAGCUUCGUCACCCAAUCAGAUCGAGGGAGAAGAGGAGGACGAGGAGGAAGAGGAGGAGUUUGAGUAGUGACCACUUCCUGUCGGGGGGGGGGGGGUGGGGAGUGGGAGGUGCUUGACUCCAUGGUUACACUGAGGGUUUGGAGGUCAGGUGGUCAAUUGAUUUUUGUUAUUCUUAUUUAAACAAAGGUUUUACGGACUCAAAAGAGAAGAUAAAUAUGAUGGACUGAAAAAUGACAUAAACAGAGGAUUCUGAAUCUAAACUAAUGAAUGAAUUUAACAAACUUAAGGUAUAAUUAAUAUGUAGAAUGGUGGGAUUUUUUUCAGAACCAAGGCCAGAGGAGGAUGUAUACUAUAGAUAUUGGGAAAAUCUGAAGUCGCACUCAACCCCAUAUAGUGCACUUCUUUUGGCCAUCGCAAUCUGAGUAGUUUGAUAUUUAGGGAAGACAGUGCCAUUUUGGAUAUGCUAAUAAGACUAGCACAAGACCGAAGCCCAGACUUCUAAUACAUCGAGGAGAGACAUUGGAUAUGUCCGACGUGGCUGGUGACAUUUGAAACGCAACAAUUGUAUCUUUAUGCACAAAGAUGUUCCCCUCUAAUACAGUGACGAUGGUGAUGAAGAUGAGAGGACCAGGGACAGGUGUGUGUGUGUGUGUGUGUGUGUGUGUGUGUGCGUGUGUGUGUGUCUCUGUGUGUGUACAACUGUACCCCAGUAGUUCAGGUAAAGAAGACCAGUCUGAUAAACUCUUACUGAACAAAAGAAAAGAGUUCUAGUGUAGAAAAAAGCACAUAUAAAAAAAGUAAAGAUUUAUUAAUGAUGCAUUCCUAGAGAAACGCUCUGCAUUUGAAAUAUUUGUUUCCUUUAAACUAACAAUCUAGCUUUCUCCAACAGGCUGUUUAGUGAAAGCAAUACUAUAAGACAAUCCUAGAAACCAUGUUUACAUUAUGGCGAGGAGAGGGAAAGGUUUCUCUGGUAUAAAAACUACCAGUUAACUCUUGUUCAAGCUAGACUUGUUAAUACGACAUCAUAUUACACAGCUGGAGAACUUCUGCCAUGAUGAUGUCAUAUUUCCAAGUGAACCUUUAAAGAGUAGCUCCUCCCCCAGGGCUGGUGGGCGGGUAGGACAGGGUUAGUAAGCAGCACUAAUGUCAAAACACACUGUGUCUCCUCAGAUUCUCAGCACCUAUUGCCUAUGUCAUUACCAGUUUAGAAUACAGCUGCGAUGUGACUCAUUGUUCCUUAAUAACCUUCUAAACUUUCAGUAUCAAUGUCUGCGAUAAGAGAACAUUCCAGUAAUGAAAUGUAUUCCGGAUUUACUCUGUGUAUAAAAGGGUAUCUCAAGUCCCAUUUCACGUGAUUCUUAAUAUUCCAUUAGCGAUAAUAGAUUUACAGUGGGAUUUGACGUUGGUGCCGCUUCAGCUGCAUUGGGAAGUUGGCGCCCCCUGUGUGAGAGAUCUGGUACUGAAACGCCUUAGCACAAGCAGUAGUGCACACAAACACACAUUGAGCUGCCCCCCUCUGCCCCCAUCUUCCCCUCUGCUUUUUGUGUGAUGGGCGGACGCAGGUAGAGAAAGGGGGAGCAAAGAGGGAGAUAAGGGUUUGGGGGAGGGGGGAUUCUAUUAGUUAUGUGGUUGUAAUGACAAGUUUCUGGUGACGUUGCUCUUUGUUAGUGUCAGUGUUUUUUUGUUUUUUUUUACUUUUAUUUCUUGGCUCUUUUUUAAUUUUCUUAACCCACCAGUACGUUCUGACACAGGUGAUUACUGUGUACGGCUAAUUUAUUUGUCCUGUUUUAAUAUCUGCCUUUUGCUGGAGUGUAUCGUACGUACGCGUUGGUCAGAGGUGUGUGUACAGCAUGUUGCGUUUUAGUGCUGUUCUGUUUUCUUAUUUUAUUAAUCGUAAACUUCUUUUUCUAUGUCCAACUGUCGUCAUGACUGCGGCCCGUCAUUUCUACUUCUCUCUCGCGCCAUGAUAUGUUGAGAAAAAAAAAAAAGAUUAAAGCAAAAAAAAGUGAAGAAUAAAAACAUUUGAAAAUGAAAUGGUUGAUAUACCAAAUUUGGAUGUUUUUUGGUAAUAUUUUAUGUGACAACCAGUUUUCUUUAAUAUUUUCUAGUGACAUCUCAUUUGUAAAAUGUUUUUCUAAGCUGUUUGUGGAUCUCCAUGACAUUUGAUAAGGCUUGCCUCCAAGGCUACAGGUUCUUGACUAUUGAUAUUUUUAAAUCAACUUUGUACAAACGUGUUAUGUGACCGGGAUUAAACAACUGAAAAGAGAACAAAAAAGACUGCCUGCAUAACACUUAAAAUAAAGUGAUGAAAUCAUU